GGAAAUAUGGUUUUUGUGAUGACAGCUGAAAUUGAUGCUUUAUUGCUAAUUUUUGGCAAUUGAAAUUGAUUCACGAACUCACAUAUAUAUUGACCAUGAGAACUCAAUUUUACUUCAAGAAUGCUUUUCUUUUGAAACCUGGAUAAUAAAGUCAAUUCACUAUUUUAUCAAAGUAAUAAUGCGUUGGCCAUAUAUCUUAUCAUUGUUAGCACUGUUAGGUGCUGGUCUUUUAUUGUUUUUCAAUAUUUUAUGUGGGGCUUCGACCUCUUCAGUUUUAGGUCAAUUCUAUUGGUUGCAAGCUGAUACAAGUGGAAUUAGUGGUGCUCAUCCAACUACAAGAUGGACAAAUUAUGACAGUUGUGGUGUCAGAAAUGGCAGAAACUAUGAUUGUUCAAGUAAACAAGCUGGUUAUCCAAUGUCUCCAAGAGCAAACUUCGGUCAAAGUUCAGGUAUCCCUUCAGGUUUGAGUUCAAGAAAAGGUAUCACAUACUACUUAUCAAGAGUUGGUUGGGCCUUUUUGUUGCUAGGUUUAUUGUUUACAAUUCUUGCCUUGUUACCUGUUGCUGUCAGUUUCUGUAUUCCAGGUUUGUCAAUUUUGGGAAUUGGUUCAAAUUUUGCUACAAAUGCCGCCUUGCUAUUUACUGUCCUAUCUGCCUGUUUGUUAACAGCUGCUUAUGUUAAAGCCCGUAAUGCCUUCAGAAGUGAUGGUAGACAAACAAGUUUGGGUAAAAAGAUGUUUGCUUUCAUUUGGACCUCAGUUUUCUUGUUGUUCUUGAGUUCUUUGUUUAGUGGUGUUGGUUGCAUUGGUAGCAUGUUUGGUAAAAGAAGAGAAAAGAAGAGAUAUUCUGACAACUAUGACUCAAGCUCACAUGAAACUUACGGUAACAAUUAUGUCCAAGAGAAGAGAAAUGAUCCUGAACAAGGCAGAGGUGGCUUUUUCAGCAGAAAGAAUCGUCAAAAUGAAAACCUCGAAGAUGUUGGUUACGCUGCUGGAUUAGGUGCUUCAGGUGCUGGUACUGGGGCUGCUGCUGCUGGAUCUAACACUAGAGGCGCUACCUCUACUGGAGAUGCUGUCACUCGUAAUCCUCAAACUGGUGAAACCUUGGAUGAUGUUGCUUACGCUGCUGGCUAUGGUGCUUCAGGUGCCACUACUGAUAUUACCCAAGAACCACAACAAGCUCACACUAAAGGCUCAUCUGGCUUAGGUACUACAGCUGCUGGUGUUGGAGCCGCAGGUGCAGGUGCUGCUGCAUUAGGACAUCGUCAAUCAAAGAAGAAUGACACUAUCCCAGAAGCUAAUGAAAAUGAAUAUUCAAGUUAUGGUACUGGCAAGGGUUCAACUGGUGCUGAUACUGGUUAUCAAACUGGUGCUUAUGGGUCUUCAGGUAAGACUAGAGAUUUGACUGGCAACACUUCUGGUACUUAUGGUUCUUCUAACAAACACCCUGAUCAAAUGUAUGGUGCUGGCGUUGGUGAAAAUGAAUACUACCAUCCUGACUCUGGUGCUGCUGGUACUUAUAACGAAGCUUCAAAACCUUAUGAUACUGGUGCUGCAACUGGUUAUGGCUUAAAGUCAACACAACCAAAUUCUGCUCAAGCUGGCUCAUAUGGUGAUGCUGAUACCACCUCUUCUUCUAACAAGGGUUUAUGGGGUGCUGCUGCUGCUGCGCUCGGUCUAGGUGGAGCUGCUGCUGCCGCCAACCAUAAGGACACUGAUCAAACUGAUAACUAUGGUUCAAACUCCGCUUAUGGCCGUGAUACUACUGCUGGUGCUACUGCUGGUGAAUCUUCUGGUGGAUUUGGUACAACUGGUAGAGGUGUUUCCGAUUCAACAACUCACAAGACUUCUGCUCAAUAUGGUGAUUCUACUGGAUAUGGUAAUGACUAUCAAGAUCAAACUAAUUAUGGUUCCAAGUCUGGUUCUGGUUAUGGUACAACAGCCGCUGGCGCUGCAACAGGUGCUGGUUUAGCUUCAGGUUCACGCAAAGAUACUAAACCUGUUUCUGGUGCUGCAACUCAUGGUCCUGGUUAUUAUAGUGCUCAUGGUACUGAUACUGGUGAAGGUGCAACUCAUGCUGGUGCUAAUGCUGAAAAGAUUAAUAAAUCUAAAGAUCAAUAUGAAAACAAAUCUACUGCCUUGCCUGUUGGUGCUUCACAUUACAACAAAGAUUCUUAUGGUAAUGAAACCCCAGGUUAUGACACUGGUGUUCCAAGUGAUGGUGCUGCGAGCGCUGCAACAGCCGCUGCUGCUGGAGGUUCUGGUGUUGCUGGUGUUCCAACAAGUAAUUACUACAGAACCAGUAAAGAAGGUGCUGCUAUUCGUCCUGAAGAUACCUAUAACAAUCUUUAUGCAAACUCCAAGGACAAUAAUGAUGUUACUGAUACUACUGGAUAUGAACCAACUUCUUACUAUUCCC